AUGUCCACUCCCGAGAUGGAUACCAAAGCUACACUUUCACAACUCCACAGAGCUCGUGGUGAUUGCAAGCGCCAACUCACGGCCAUCGAGAGGAAGUUGGGAACAACCACUUGUUUCACUGAGCCAAUCGCCAGGAUGCUCUUGGAUGAAGUUUCGCGUGUUCAAGCCAAAUUUGAACCCAUCCAGCGUGAGAUUGAGGAUCUCACGGAAGAUGAUGAAAUCUCUCGAGCAAGAGAGAUAUCUGAUGGAGAUGCCGUACACGACAGAUGUAUGGAAAUUCGCUUUAAGCUUGGGGAGGAAAUUCACAAGCUUCGAGCAUCACAAGCUCCUGAGGAUCUACCUCAGGGGGAAGAUCAAAACCAAGAAAAUGGUCUGUGUGCUAUGAUGGCAAACCAAACAGACAUCAUGCGUCAGCUCGUGGACAUCCAGAGGGCUUCAACAAUGUCUGUGUCAAGAACUUCCGGACACACAAAACUACCUCAGCUCAGUCUUCAGACAUUCCACGGAGAAUACACCGAGUGGAUUCGCUUCAAAGACGAUUUCAUGAGCGCGGUCCACAACAAUGAGGAUUUGACAAAUUCCCAGAAGAUGCAGUAUCUGAAGAUGGCGCUGAAAGGCAAAGCUACAGAGGAGGUUGCGAAUAUCCAGAUCACAGAUGCUAACUAUUUAAUCACUUGGGAGCGUCUGGUGAAACGAUACGAGAAGAAAGUUCACUUGGUCAAUGCAUUCAUCGAGAAGUUCAUGAAGCAGACACAGCAGAAGGUCGAGACUGUGGAUGAUCUACAAACCGCAAGUCGAAGUUACAGACAAUUGUUCGAUGGCCUCCAAGCCCUUGGUCCAAAUUGUUUAACCCUUGAUACGUGGCUGAUAUAUCAGAUGAAGCUCAACAUGAGCGACAAGUUUCGGCUGAAAUGGGAAGAAACCAGGAAUUCCGAGACAUUGGCUACGAUUGAGGAGUUCUUUGACUUCAUGACGGAAGUCACUGACGUCAUGGAAAGAGCCGCCAAGGAUGGAAGUUCUUCUAACACCAAGGAGACGAAACAACCCACGAAGACAGCGAAGAGUGGCAUUCGAUCUCACUAUAUUCAGGCCGACAAUUGUCCCAAAUGCUCAGCCUCUCACCUGCUCUGUCAGUGUGAGGGAUUCCAAGAAAUGUCUAUCGAAGACAGGAGGACCUUUGUCAAUCAGAAACAACUGUGCUUUAACUGCAUGAGGCCCUCCCACAACUCAAGAAAUUGCAAAUCAAAGUCAAGAUGUUUCCGGUGUGGCAAAAAUCACCACACCCUUCUUCACGUGGAUCCAGUUGAGGAGCCUUCAGCUCCAAGGGCACCACCUACAGCAGAUCGGGCUUCACCCGCUACCCAGAAUCAAACACCAAAACCCUCUACCCCUAAUCAGCAAGAACCUCCAGCAGUUCCGCCAUCUACAAGUUCUGGUCUAACCACCCAUCACUCUACAAUGCAUCACAAAGCUUUGCUCCCCACAGCCUCGGUUCUCAUUAAAGAUAUUUAUGGUGAUCUUCAGCUGUGCCGGGUGCUAAUUGAUGGUGGUGGUGAGUGCACCAUGAUAAGUGAGGAUUGUGCUCAGAGGUUAGGUUUGCCACGACAAAAGGCCCGGAUUGCAGUCACGGGCGCAGGAGGAAUUACAGUGGGCUAUACAAAGGGUAUGGUACGAUUGGAAUUAAUUUCCAGAUACAAAAUGGAUGACAAGGUAGUGGCAGAGGCAUUCGUGAUGCAGAAACUGACAACUGAUCUGCCUUCGGUAGAUCUCACGGACAAGCAGUGGCGUCACAUUGACACACUCCCUCAACUGGCGGAUCCAAGCUUCAAAGAGUCAGGAAAAAUUGAUGUGAUUCUGGGUGCUGAACACGCUCUUGGAAUCAAUCUCCCUCAGAUUGUCAAAGGCAAUGAGGGGGAACCUAUUGCCCAAUUGACCAUCUUCGGUUGGAUCAUCGCGGGCAGAAUCAAUGAACCAUGUCAGAGAAUCACCUCAUUCCACACGCACUGCAACCUUGAGGAGAUUCUGAAGCGAUUCUGGGAUUCAGAAAGUAUCCUCCCAGACAAGAAGGUCUUCCUGACAACGGAAGAGAAGGCAUGUGAACAACACUUCGAAAAUACUCACACCACUGAUGAUACCGGAAGGUUUGUGGUCAAAUUACCAUUCAAGGAGCACCAUGGGAAGCUUGGAGAUUCUAUUCCAGCCGCUCAGGGUCGUCUUCAAUCCAUGGAACGUCGAUUUGCCAAAGAUCCAAACCUCCGUGAACAGUACGUGGCCUUCAUGGAUGAGUAUUUGUCCCUGAACCACAUGGAAGAGAUAGAGAAGGAUAGCAAGCUCAAUGAGGAGAAAUACUACCUACCUCAUCACGCGGUGCUACGCCCUAGUAGCGAAACCACCAAGUUACGAGUGGUCUUUGAUGCCUCGGCAGGGACCAAACCCAAACUUCCAUCUCUCAAUGACAAUCUUGCCAUAGGACCAGCGGUCCAGGAUGAUUUGCUCUCCAUUCUUCUACGUUUUCGCACCUAUGAAGUGGCUUUCACGGCAGACGUGGAGAAAAUGUAUCGCCAAAUCCUGGUGGCGGAAGAGGAUCGCGACUUCCAGAGAAUCCUAUGGCGGAAGGAUCCACAUUCUCCUGUGAAGGAGUAUCGUCUUUGCACUGUGACUUAUGGGACGUCAUGUGCACCCUACUUGGCCACCAAGGUUCUCCAACAAAUGGCCAAGAACCACGAAGAAGAAUUCCCGGAAGCAUCGAAAGCCAUCCGGUCCAGCUUUUACAUGGACGAUCUCCUAGGAGGAGCAUCUUCUGUAGAAGAUGCCAAGCAGCUGAGCAAGAACAUUCAAGAAGUGCUCAAUCACGGCCAUUUUCCCCUACGGAAAUGGUCAUCCAACUCUCAUGAAGUGAUGGAAGAAAUUCCCCUUGAGAUGCGGGCUAUUUCUCCGGACGAGGUAAGAGCUCAUUCAAAAUCAAUAUCUGCUCUGGGAUUGCAGUGGAAGCCCGGAGAGGACAGUUUUUCCUUGGCGAUUGACACACCAAAAAUGGCAACAACAAAGAGAGAACUUACAGCGGUGGCAGCCAAAAUCUUUGACCCCCUUGGGUUUCUCUCCCCUGUCCUCAUUGUCUUCAAGAUGAUGCUUCAGCAACUUUGGCUUGCCAAGGUUGAUUGGGAUGAAGCUGCACCUGAAGAGAUUGUAGCAGAGUACCAGAAGAUUUUGUCUCAAUACCAUUACCUGAAGGAUGUCAAGAUUCCUCGUCUCAUUCCAUCCCAAGAAGAUACUUUGACUCUCCACGCCUUCUCAGAUGCUUCUGAGAAAGCCUAUGGUGCCGUGGUCUAUGCCAUGGGUCGUGCACCAGAUGAGACUCCCAAAAUUUGCAUCGUCAUCGCCAAGUCUCGGGUAGCUACUCUCAAACCCGUGACGAUACCCAGAAUGGAAUUGAAUGCUGCGCUUCUCUUAGCAACUUUGGUGAAAAAGGUGAAGGAAGCUGUAGCUCCAAAAUAUGUCGAAGUCCAGGCAUGGGUAGAUUCCACCAUCGUUCUACAAUGGUUGCAGGAACAUCCCAGGAAAUGGGAAAAAUACGUGGCAGUGCGCACUAGUAUGAUCCAGGAAAUUAUUCCUCCCUCCAAAUGGCGCCACGUACCGACUGAAGACAAUCCUGCCGAUUGCAUCUCCAGGGGAAUGCUUCCGGAGGAUCUUCUGCAGCACAAGCUCUGGUGGGAUGGACCAAGGUGGCUUCCGAUGGGUGAAGAAAACUGGCCACCACGCAAGGUGAUUGAGAAGAAGAGCGAGAAGGUGCAAAUUCCCGAAGAAAAAAGUGUAAACAGUGAAGUGUCAAAUGUGAUCGUCCUAACCUCACAAAGUGAAAGUAGUGUUGACAUUGUAUCUCAGUUGAUUGAAAAAUAUUCUAAUUUCAUGACUCUAAUACGUGUAGUGGCUUUUGUGCUGAGAUUCAGCGAUAAUUGCCGGAAGAAAAUCCAUGAGAGAAACCUCAAGUUUCUCAGUGUUCACGAACAAACCCGUGCAAGGGACUGUAUCAUCAAAAAUCUCCAAAGGAAACAUUUUCCGGAGGAGUACAAGUGUUGUGAGAAAAACAAUCCAGUGUCAAAAUCCAGCAAGUUAAGCAAACUUGUCCCGUUCAUUGAUGACAAUGGGGUGAUGAGAGUGAAAGGGAGGCUCGAGAAUGCUGAUUUGAGCUACGAGACACGUCACCCAAUAAUACUUCCAGCAAAGGACAAAUUUGUGAAAGAUUUAGUGGUAUUUAUUCACGAAAUGCACCUGCAUUCGGGGGUAUAUCUCCUUCAGAGUAUCCUCCGUGCGAAAUAUUGGAUUGUUGGGAUGAAAUCCCUCGUGAAAAGUGUCGUGAAAAUGUGUGUUAAUUGCACGAAAGCAAAACCGAAAACUGAGACACCAUUGAUGGGCAAUUUACCUGCUUAUCGUGUGCAGCCAAUGCGCCCCUUCUACCACACCGGCUGCGAUUUUGCCGGCCCCUUCAAGACAAGAGUCUCCAAACUUCGUAAGGCUGCCGUAGUGAAAUCAUAUGUUUGUGUGUUCAUCUGCAUGACCACCCGUGCCAUGCACCUCGAGGCAGUGUCAGAUCUGAGUACAGAUGCUUUCCUGGCAGCUCUACGUCGCUUCACAGCUCGUCGAGGACACUGUCAAAUCAUCUAUUGUGACAAUGCCACCAAUUUUGUUGGGGCAUCUGGAACAACAAGAGAAGAGCGACUCCAGGGAAUCAGGGACCACCAGCACAAGAUUACCAAGUGCAUGUCUGAUUGUGGUACUGAGUUCCACUUCAUCCCUUCGUAUUCGCCCACUUUCGGUGGAUUGUGGGAAAGAGGCGUAGGCAACGUGAAGACCCAUCUCCGGCGAGUGUUCGGGGAUACAAUUCUGACAUUCGAAGAGCUUUCGACUGUCCUCGCACAAAUUGAGGCUUGCCUCAAUUCUCGCCCCAUUUGUGCCAUGUCAACUGAAGUGGAGGAUCUCCAGCCGUUGACCCCAGGACAUUUCCUUGUGGGUCAUCCUCUGACACUCGAUCCAGGCCCUGAUGUGAUGCAACUCAAUCCAAACCGUCUCUCUCGAUGGCAAUUUCUCCAGAGACUUCUCCAGACCUUCUGGAAUCGUUGGCAGCAGGAAUAUGUUACUACUCUUCAGCAGCGCCCCAAAUGGUGCACCCAAUCUCGAAAUCUUGCUGUUGGGGACUUGGUCUUGUUGAGAGAGAACCAGCUGAAGGCGUCCCGAUGGAAGAUGGGCCGUAUUCAGGAAGUUCAUCCAGGACGUGACAAUGUAGUGAGGGUAGUCACCGUGCGAACCAGUGAUGGAAUCCAGAAGAGAGCUGCAAGCACCGUGGCCAAGAUACCCAUGGAAGAAGAUUCUUAUUGA